CCAUAUGUCCAGCCCCCAACUCUGAUGUCACGGCUAGAGAGGGAAAGCGACAGAGAGACAGGGAGAGAGUGGACCAGCAGCCUUCAUCUGAGCUCACUCUAUCACACACACACAGCCACUCCCACACAGACGCUCACAUCCUCAGACCAACUCCACACACAGUAUCCUCGCCCAAACACUCUCCACCACGGGAUCCACAGCACUCCCACGUCAACAGAUACACCUGCUCUCUCUCUCUCGCCCUCCCUCUCUCUCCCUCACUUUUCAUCUACACACAGCAAGCGUCCCGAUGCGCUGCGUGCCGGGGUAGUGAUGUGUAACUCAGGCAGCUGGCCGGCUUGAGACACACUAAGAAGAAGGAGUUCCAGGGAGGAGGGAUCUAUCCAGCGGACAUAAGAGCCAGGAGUGGGAGGUGCUCUCGCCCAUCUCCCCCCGUCUCCCCGGUAGCAGCAGAUGUGACAGGAGAGGCGAUAUCACACCACCCUGCCUCUCCAUCUGGGAGAACAAUACCCAUCAAUACCCUCUAACAUCAAGCCUCUAACAGGAAGGGGCUGCCUUUGUCCCUCUCUCCAGGCGCUCGGAGCACCGGAGCCCUGACUCUCUGUCUCUCUCUGGCUCUCUGGCUGUUUCACCUUCGGUGGGGGAGGGAAAGCAUCUCUCCGUCUCCCUCUCUCCAAUCUCAGCGCGGUCUCCUUCAGUACUUGGAGAGCUCCUGAGCAAGGCUCUCCUGGGCCGUGUCAGCGUGUGUGUUAGCUCUGUGCAUUGCUGUGUUCGGGAGAUACUUCAGUGAGUGUAAAGAUGCAGCCGAGCCCCGUCUCUCUCCAGAGGGGUCCCUGUGGGUCCACCGCCGCGCUGGGCGGGCAGCGCGAGGAGAAGGAGCUCUUUGAGAAGUUCUGGAGGGGGACCUUCCAGGCGGUGACCAAGCCCCGGCCAGGGAGCGUCAUCAUGGCCAGCAUCACCUCCCGCAGGAGGGUGGCAGCCUCAGAGACGACUGAAGGCCAGCCACCGCUGCAGACCGAUGGAGGGCCAGCGUACGCCUCAGACCAAAGGGACCAGAGGGUGGAGGUGGGGGAGAGGGACGGCUGCCUGCGACACAAGGGCCACAAGCACAGGGGCCACCGAAGAGUCAGGAGUCUCUCGUUGGACCAGGUCGUCUCUCCCCGACACUCAGCCAAAGGAAAGAAGAAGAAGAGAAAGUCUGAGAGAAAAAGGAAGAGGAAAAGGUCUCCCUCCUACAGUCUGUCACCGCCCAGGAAGAAGAAGAAGAGCAAGAAGAGCUCAAAGAGGAGCAAGCGGCAUCGGUAUUCAUACAAAAAGUCCAAACACGGUUCAUCCAGUUUGAGGCAUAAGAAGAAGGAUGAGCGCAAGCACAAGAAAAGCUCACGGAGUCGACCCCACCGGAGACACCGUCACCGGAGGUCUGAGUCCGACAGUUCGUCCUGGCGGUCAUCUGCAGAGAGCAGGUAUCAUCUACAUGAGGUGGAGGAGAAUGACUCGGGGCGAGAGAAGUGCAGGACAAAGCUGAACCAAAGAGACCUGGACUGGAGACCAGCGGUCAAGUCAGUGUGUAAUACUGCUCCACAAUAUGUCUCCGCCCUCUCCAAUGGCACCAUUUUGCCAUUACAAUUUGGAGACAAGAUAUUAGACGCUAAAGGGAAUCACGGCCAUCAUGAUUACGAUUCUGGGAACGACACGUCUUCCCCGCCUUCCAAUAAAAACAGCAUCUCUCAACCAAGUGGCAUCGUAGACAGCAGCAAACAAUGCCAGGGUUUGGCAUCUCCCGAUAAGCUGAAGAUCACAGAGCGCGACAACGCCUCUGAUUCAGGAAACUCUGUGACAAGUUACGCCUCGCUGUGCAAUCCUCUCACUGAGAGUUCAACCUUCUACGACGGGACAAGUAAGGCGCUGAGCGUGGAAGGUGAGGAUGUGCGUCCACGGAAGAGGAAGCGUUCUAAGCUGAAGAGGAGUCGCUCCUCUCGUAGGAGACGGAGGGAGAGGUCCGUCAGGCGCAGUCCAAGUAGGAACUUUUCCUGUGGGAGCUCCACACAUACAGGACACUCAUCCCGGAGCCGGUCACUGUCAUUUUGCAGCUCGUACUCCCGCUCUCCAAGCUCCUCGGAUGCUUGUAGGCAGAGGGGCAGCAUGGCCAGCACCAGCUCCAGAGACAGCUACUGUCGAUACAGUCCUGACAGACCCCGAGACAGGAAGCGGUCGUCCAACUACAAGGAAAAAAACCGGAAGCGGAGGAAUAAGGAGAGGAGGAGGAAGAGCAGGAGGAAGUCCUACUCCCCCAUGAGGAAAAGGAGGAGAGACUCACCAAGUCACCUGGAAGCACGGAGAAUCACAAGUGCCAGGAAGAGACCCAUUCCCUACUUCCGGCCUAGUCCCUCAUCCAGCUGCCGUUCCACCAGCGUAUCGUCGUGGAGCAGUAUCUUCACACGAGGCCGCAGUCUGACCUCUGGCCACUGCUACAGGAGCAACAGCCGCAGCUCCUCCUGGAACUCCAUCUUCGGGACUCGGAGCAGUCGCAGCAGGAGUCCUAGUUAUGUGAGGUUGAAGAAAAGCAGCAAAACCAGGCGGUAGUAUUUCAGAGCACGACGAGAGGCUGAUGAUGACAACGUAUUUAUUUGUGUUGCAUUCGCGUAAAAAGCAGGGAUGGUUGAACUGUAUCAGCUACGCAUGUCUCUGCAUCGGUUUUAGGCUUGAAGAAGUGAAACAACCCCCGAGGGUGUCCUUGCCUCUUACAUCUCUUCUCAUGUUGUCUCAUCUGCACUCAGAGACACACCUUGGGAAGUGUAUGGCGUGGUAUGUCAAGUUUUGUCAGGCGCUGUCAAACCGUCAAUCUAUGGUUAUGUUAUAUUGUUGAUAAGGUAAUUUGGGGUAAUUUAACGUUGAUUGGACACCACAAUUUUGCUAUCACGUGCAGACCUUUUGCAAAGAUUGAUUCUGUAACGGGGUUGCUGUUUGAUCCAUGUGUUUUCAUACUGUGGUAGAGGGCCCGUUAUCGGGUAUAAGGAGAGGUUUAUCGCCUAUGAUCUCCGCACUUCAGAACACAAAGAAUGAAAGAAACACUGAAAAAUGAAAGGAGGCGGUUGCCCGGACGGCAAGCAAACGGCCUGUCACUUGAAAGGCCAGGUUAAUUUAUCUUCUGAUCAAGUGGAAAAGCAAUUGAAAUGUCAGCCCUGGGUAAUAUAAUAGGACGCCUUCCAAAAACGUGCAGAGGAGAGUCUGUGAGAGUUCUCUGCUGAAAAAAACCCCCAGAAUAUCUCAGGACAUAUUUCCUUUGACAGCCAGGCGGGAGCAGGUGUCUGCUACUCUGACCGGAGUAAGACAUAUUUUAAAGUUGUGUUUUUAUAUAUUGUUGCUUUGAAAGUUUGGUUUAACGUAUAUUUCUAUUUAAGCUGUUUAUUUGGUUGCUUUGUCCUUUUUUCAUUUGUGACGCAACUGUUCAUAUGCUGUAUUUCUUCAUGUACCCGCUGAGAAAGACAACACAUACCUCAUCUUUUGAUUUUGCACUGAUCAGAUUGAAUGGUGAAACGUCCAAAAGCACAUCCAAACAUUUGUACCAUUUCUAUCUUUGUGUAUAUUUGUAGUCGCCAAUCUUUCUAUGCAACCCGCGCUUGUUGUGUAGUCUGCUGUGUGUCUGUUGAAUGAAUUACAGCAGUUUUAUAGAAAGUCUGAUUGAUUUGAUCCCAAUAUCAUCAUCUGGCUCUCUGACCUUUGGAGUGAAACUCGCUCUCUGGUCAUUCCUUUCACUGGAUGUCAAGUCCAAUGGCCACAUGAGGGAAAGCCAUUAUUCCAUUGUAGUAACUCCUGAUUCAUAAUUUCGUCUGACAGUGUGGGCUGCCACACACGUCCAAAUAGAAGAGUUUUCAGUGUAAUGAUGUCCCAUUUUUUUCUACAUCAGCUCUUCCACAAUGUUAAAUAAAAAUUAAUUUAAUAUGGUAUGAUGAACGAGGUGUAGAUAUGAACUGUAUAGAUAAAGAUGGGUGUUGUAUAGGUCUACAUGGUUAUUUAAUCAUAUUGUUAAGUGACAUCAACUCUUCGUCUUUGUGAUCUUAUUUUAAAUAAUUGUUCUACUUUUUGUCUUUACUUUUUGUGUUCCUCUUCAAAAAUGCUCUAAGAAUGUCCUAGAAAUCUGAUAGUAAAUUGGUGUUUCUGUGUUAAAUAAUGCAUAGCCUACUCCAUUACUACCCAUACAAAGAAACAUAGGUAUUUUACAAGAUGAUAUGAUUUUCCUCCUGACCCAUUUAACAGUGGCUGAAUUUCACUUCAUAUAACGUGUCCCCGGAAAUAACAUUCCCUUUAUGUGAAGAAUAAACUAUAAACUAUAGGGCCAUGUUAUAAAAAUAAAUAAAACAAUAUUGUCGGCAGUCAUUC